AUGCCCGCCGAGGACUUCACGUACGAGAUGCGCCGCUCUGGCCAGUAUGUGCUGCCGGAGAGCUUACACCAGGUGCACCCCGAGACGGAGAAGAAGGAAGAGCAGAACGCUGCCGUGGAUCCGUACGACUCGACCUUCACGGAUUCGCCCGCAUCGUACGUCCCACCGUAUAACCUCUGGGGGGAGACGAUCGAUGGGGACUCCCUGGAGCGACAGAAGACUCACGACACCCGAUACGAUGAUGAUGAAUUCGACGACCCCAACUUCCAGCACGACGACUUUGAAGGCUGGGAGGACGAUUCCCCUUACCCAGAAGUGCGCUCCGCGGUGUCCAACACCGAUGACAUGGACAUGCCCGUGUCAACAAUUCGCGCAUGGAUCAUUGGGAUUGCGUGGGCCAUCCUCAUCCCCGGCCUCAAUCAGUUCCUCGCCUUCCGCUUCCCCUCCAUCAUCAUUGGCGGUAUCGUUUCUCAGCUCCUCUCCCUCCCCAUCGGCUGCGCCUUCGCUCGAUAUCUCCCAAACUGGUCGAUAUUCGGCAUACCGCUGAACCCAGGACCGUUUUCUGUCAAGGAGCAUGUGCUGAUCACGAUCAUGUCUUCCAUUGGCGCGCAGUCCGCGUAUGCAACAGAAGUCGUCGCCGUCCAGCGAUACUUCUACAAUCAGACGUUCAUCUUCGCGUACCAAUGGCUCCUCGUCAUCUCGACACAGCUCAUCGGUCUCUCCGUCGGCGGCGUCGCCAAGCGGUUCCUAGUGGCCCCGCCAUCCAUGAUAUGGCCCGAGUCCCUCAUUACCUGCGCUCUUUUCAACACCCUCCACUCCGCCAGAUACGCCGGCAUUGGCGGCCAUGGCGGCAUGUCCAGGGAACGCUUCUUCGUCUACAGCUUCAUUGCGUCGUUCGUGUGGUACUUCUUCCCGGGAUACCUAUUCACCGCUUUGUCCUAUUUCUCGUGGGUGACGUGGAUUAAGCCGGAUGACCCGGUCAUUGCCUCAGUCUUCGGUUACUUCCACGGAAUGGGGUUGACCGCCGUGACCUUCGACUGGAACCAGAUAGCGUACAUGGGCUCACCUUUAGCAACGCCUUGGUGGGCGCAAGUCAACGUCCUCACUGGCUUCGUGGUCUUUUUUUGGAUUGUCACGCCCGGACUGUACUUCACAAAUACGUGGUACUCGCAGUACAUACCACUGGCCUCCUCCGCGUCCUUCGACAACACGGGUCAGGAGUACGAUCUGACGCGCAUCUUGACCCACGAUACGGCGCUCAACCGGACGGAGUACUCGAAGUAUAGCCCCUUGUAUAUAUCGGCGGCGUUUGCUCUGGGAUACGGAACGUCCUUCGCGUCCAUCGCUGCCACCAUCGUCCAUGCGAUCCUGUACUUCCGCAAGCCGAUCAUGAAGCAGUUCCGGCGAUCUCUAAGCGAGCAGCCUGACGUUCACGCACGGCUUAUGACGAGGUAUCCGCAAGUGCCGGAUUGGUGGUUCCUGGUGAUCCUGGCCGUGACGUUCACCUUCGGAGUCGUCUGCAUUGAGAUCUGGCCGACCGAGCUCCCGGUCUGGGGCUACCUUGUCGCGCUGAUGUUAUCGUUCCUCUUCGUGGUGCCAGUCGGCAUGAUCCAGGCCGUGACGAAUCACCAAGUUUCGUUAGGAAUCAUCAGCGAGCUUGUCGUUGGCUAUAUGCUUCCUGGACGGCCAGUCGCCAUGAUGCUGUUCAAGACCUAUGGCUACAUCGCCAUGUCAAACGCGCUGGAGUUCACCCUAAACUUCAAGAUCGGCCAUUACAUGAAGAUUCCUCCGCGCCCCAUGCUUUGCGCGCAGAUGAUUGCGACCGCCAUCGCCGGCACCACGCAGCUCGGCGUGCAAGAAUGGCUGUUUAGCAAUGUGCCCUUUGUAUGCCCGGAUACACAAGUGUUUGGCACUGCAAGCAUCAUCUGGGGCGUCAUCGGUCCUGGCCUCCAGUUCUCGCCAGGAGCCAUAUAUCACUGGGAGACAGCUAAUGCGUCAUUGACUAUGAAAGCACUGCUCUAUUUCUUCCUCGUCGGCGCCUUGUGUCCAAUCAUCACCUGGCUCAUAACGAAGAAGUAUCCCAGCAGCUUCGUCCGAUAUAUCAAUCCCUUGCUAUUCGCGUCGUGCGACUACAUCCCACCAGCCGGGGCCAUCAACUAUGUGCCAUGGGCCAUGGUCGGCUUCGUCUUCCAGUUCGUCAUCAGAAGACGAUAUUUCUCCUGGUGGACGAAGUACAACUACGUUCUCUCGGCCGCGCUGGAUGCUGGAACAGCCAUCUCGGUCGUCGUGAUCUUCUUUGCACUUCAGUUCCCUAUGAACGGCACGCUCGGCUUGAAUACAAUCCAAGCGUGGUGGGGGAACUCGGUCCCAUACGCUGGGGCGGACUACGCCGGCGUGCCCUUGAAGACAUUGGCACCUGGCGAGACAUUCGGCCCGGAGACUUGGUAG